UGGAGUGGAAGAGGAGCUGAACUGAAUAUGCGAACUAGGGAAGGCGGAGCUCGUUGUCGUCGUGGUGAGGCAGGCGUCAAGUCACGCAUGGAUGUCAUCACGUGCCCACGAGAGGAGCACAUGAAUGUCGUCUGCCAUUGAUUUCUCUGUCCCGCCACGGGCUCGGGCAUCGAACAUCGGACACCAUUGCCUGCGAAUGGCGAAUGGAUUAGCGAGCGAUCGAUCGGAGGGUGGGAGUGGUUGAUUUGCUCGCCGAUCUUCGAGUCCCGCCACGGGUCCCGCUCUCUUCGUAGAUGGAAACAGCAGCGACCGCAGCAUUUCGGAUAAUAGGUUGUUGUGGUCAUGGACGCGGUUUGAAGAUGUGCGCUUCCAUCUCCUCGUCGGCGUGGUCGUCUAUUUUUCGCGCACUCGGUGCUGGUGGUGGCGCGGCCGCUGGCCCGGGCUCUCUGGAAGGAUUCUUCACCAGGAUUCGGCGUGGAGCGCUGGAGUGAGCGUGGGUCGGUGUCGCGAUUAAUUUCCGAAGAUUUCAGGAGCCGAGGACGGUUGUGUCCUUCGUUAUGUAGUGCAUUUUGUUCUUCAGUGCUUGGCUCGAAAGCUGUCAAGCCUGCAGCGCUCCCUGUCAGCGGCGUGUUCUCGGCCUCCAAAUUACUGGAUUCCGAAGAUGGAGACUGUGGCACGGGUAGCGUGAGGACUUUUACAGUGAUUGGAAAUUGGAGGAGCGAUGGUGAAGCAGGGCAAAGGAGACGUGGAAAUUGUUCCGGCUCCUGUUUUCAGGUUUAAGCCCUUGCAAAGCCAAGGCAGGGAGUUUCGUUCAGUUGGUGCAGAUGAUUCUAGCACAGAGUCGGACGAUGGCGAAGGAGCUGCUCACCCGAGCAUGGCUGUAGAGCGAGCUAUUCCAUCAAAAUAUGAAAAAGCUUACGAGAAAACUCCAGUAUACGAAAAGGCUCCCGGUUUUGUAAGCGAUAAACGCGAGAAUCGGCCACCGAAAUCGGCUGCCAAGAAGGCGAAAGAAGCAACAGAGGUGAUGGAGAAGGCUCGAGAGGUUCUUCGGGACGCCACCAGAAGCAGCUCCUCGCAGACCCGCUCGCUCUCCCCUCAAGACGGAAGCUCUGGUGACCUAGUCGAUGAUGCCGCAAACGUCGAAGAGCAACCGCCCGAGUGGGAAGCAAGGCGGGUAAUGCUCAAAGAGCUCGCAGGCUUCUACCGCUCAGAAUUGAUUGGGCACUGUCGUGAAUUAGUGACCCUUCAACGCCAGUGGAAGUCCGAGCUGCCUGUAACUGUUGCCGUCCCCGUCACCGUGCAUCCUGAAGCAAUUGCCAUUGUCGGGGCGGCCAAACCUGUGCGCGUGAAUGUGCGGAAGUCCAAGGGCAAAGAUUCGAAGGGAGCCAAAGGCGGUAGAGGCGAUGACAAUCUCAUGGUGCACAGUCGAGGUCCAGUCAAACUGCCAAUUCGGCGACGAAUCGCCUGGCGUGCCAACGAGAGGGAAGCACUGCGCCGAGGAUUGCUCAGUUUCGGGUUGGGCAGAGCCGACAAGGUUCGAGAUGUGAUGGCCAGUUUGUUGAAAGAACUACGUCACGGGAUCGGGGACAUCGCGGAUUGUUGCUGGGAGUUCUUGCGGUGUUGCGCUAUCCACGCGGAUGCUAAGGAGAUCGUGGAGUAUUCGCACAAACGGUAUGCUGCACACAAGGAGCUAGACCUCGAAUCAGGACAGGAAUUGUCGGAAAGAGUGGGCGUCUUCGAGAAAACAGACAAGAGCUCCACCCUUUGGUUGAGGAGACUCAGACUUCUCGACAGCCUGCAGGAAGUGAUACGUCUGUGUUCGACGAAGGAGAGUCGUGAACUGGCUUACAGGGCCAUCGACUCCGUGAAGGAUGCUUCGGUUCCCAGCGAAUGGUGGAGCCGGGAUGCAGACCUGGCGCUACUGUACGGGAUUUACAAGCACGGAUUCGGGAAUUACGAUUUAAUUCGAAACGACGAAGAGUUCCGAGACGCCUUCAGAUCGAAGAAAUCGAAGAAACUCGGAAACGGCGAAAACACAGAUUCCGAAGAUGAUUUACAAACUCCCUUAUCAGGCAGACAUGACAUGCUGAGCGAAGCCUUCUGGCCCGAUGCGCAGGUUCUGACACGGAGAUUGAAGCGCCUGGUCGAUCACAUCAUUCGGUCGAGCCAGAUGCCACCCAAACCCGCCAAGGGCAGCGCGAGCGCCAGGUCAGGCGAGGACACGCCGUGGAGCAAGCGCGAGAGGCUCGAGCUGAUCAAGCUGCUGAUGAGGUGGGGGGCGCCCAUGCUACCGGGGCCGGUGCCGAAAUUGAACUGGCAAUUCUUCCGCGACGUGACAUCGUCGGCGCCGCUGAGGCGACGAAAGGAUUCGAGCCUGGAAGCAGGGUACCAGGAGCUCAUGAACGACAUGCGCGACUACCUCGAGGGACCGGACGGCCUCGACAAGACGGGCGCCAAGAGGAAGAAUCGAGCACCCAAGGGCCCGAAAGGCGAAUCGAGCGCUGGCGCUGACGAGCAGCCGGCGAAGGCGUCCGUGCUCACUUACAAGACGGCCGUUCGCCUCAAGGAGCGACUCGAGAUCCUCGACACGUUGCGGCUCGGGGUCGAGAGCGUGCGCGGCGACUGGGCCGCGCUGGGCUUCACGCCGCACCAGCACACGCACGAUUUGCCGCGCUGGUGGACGGCGGGCGAGCACGACCGCGCGCUGACGCUCGGCGUCCUCAAGCACGGCGUCGGCAGCUGGGAGGCCAUCUUCGCCGACGCCAGCCUCGGCUUCGACCCCGAUGCGGGCGCGGGAGUCAUGCCCGGGCGCGGGGGUGGGGGUGGGGGUGGGGGAGCGGGGGGCGAGGCCAGCGAGAAGGACGACAGCGACGACGAGAACACCGACGAGGACCACGAGCGCGAGCCCAAGCCGCGACCCGCGGGCGCCAAGCUCCUCGGAGCCGGGGGACCCGCGCCGCUCAACGUGCCGUCGCCCACCGCGUGCAUCAAGCGGCUCAAGUUCGUCGCCAACGUGUUGCGCCGCGCGUUCAAGAAGCCCAAGCCGAAGCGCAAGCGGCCCGCGCCUGCGCCCGCGCCCGAGACGGUGAAGGAGGUGGAGCUCAUGCGCGAGAACGUUCGGGGCCAGAAGCGUCCCGCGCCCGAGAGGGAUCGCGAGCGAGAGCGCGAGGGUGGGGAGAGCGGGAGAGCGCCCAAGCGUCCCAAGUACGUGGCGCCCGCGCCUCCUCCUCCUCCGUCGCCGUCGCCCUCUCCUUCACCGACGGCCGUCGAGGCGGAGGAGGAGAGCACCGAGAUGGAGUACGACAUCGAGCGCGACGAGCAGGGAUACCCGUUGCUCCCGUUGCAGCUCACGGAGACGCUGACGCUGGUGGAUCUGGGCUCGGUGGAUCCCGACAACCCGCGGGUCUUCCACCGCGACCCGUUCGUUUACCCGCUGGGUUACGUUGCGGAGCGCGACUAUCCCAGCAUGGUCAACCCCAGCGAGACCACCAUGUAUACCUGCUCCAUCCUGGACGGUCACGACCGGCCGGUGUUCCAGGUCACCCCCUCUGACGUGCCCGAGCUGACGGUGCAGAAGGAGUCGCCGCAAGGAGUGUGGACCGUGGUCUUCGCCGCCGUCAACCGGCUGUCCAAGGACCCGCACCGCGACCGGCACAACCCGAGCGGCGUCGAGAUGUUCGGCCUGUCGCAUCCGGUCGUCGUGCAGCUCAUCCAGGAGCAGAUCGUGGCCGGCGCCCGCGACUACCGGCACUACCGGCAGCCGCCGCCGCAGCGAGCACCCGAGCUCUCGUCUUACCGGCGCGAGCCGGUGACGGAGCUCGAGGUGCCCAACUCUUCCCGGGACAAGAAGAAGGGCAAGGACAAGCAGCAGCAGCAGCAGAGUCGGAGCUCCGGCAAGAAACGGCAGGAGGAGACCCCCCCGGCCCCUCCUCCCCCUCCCGCUGCCUCCAGGAGGCCGGUUCCACACAAAGUGGAACUCGACCUCAACUCUGACCCCGACGACGAGGACACAGAGUAAAUGAAAGACACGAAUCUGGCACCGCGUCCUGUGUCCGCCCUUCUGAUUGUCUGGGCUCGCAGAAGGAAGGAAUCCUGUGCGGUCGACACACUCAGAACAGUUUAUGAUGUGGCUGCGAGGACUGCGAUAAGGGGAUGAGACAGAGCCCAAGGCAAUACUCUUCUUGCCUUUUUCUGCAACGAAACUCGGGGCGUGUUGGAGUGGUUAUCUCGAGAAGUCCACUUUUAUUCGAUACACUUGGAUCUCUCAGUUAACAGGUCAAAAGUUUCUAGUGGAAGCAACAUAAUCCUAGUCGUCUUCGAGCAAGGAAUGAUCAUUCGUCUGUGAAUCAAGGACUGCAUGAAUCCUGCCGAAGAUGUUUGAUCAUUCAUGAGUUUUGAGUUGUAAAUUCAGUGCAAUUGUAUGUGGUAGGGUUUCAUGUAACAAAGAAAGAGGCUGGGCUCUUUGGUAGCUGAUAUCUGCUUUCUCUAGUAGAAGCCGAUCUUCUUGGCCUUUCUCAAAUCCAUGUCAUUUUGAAGGAUCGGGACUUAACCAACAGGUUACGAGCCCCGUUCAAACCUGAAGGUGACCACCCUUCAGUUAGUCCUUAUUAAAAGGUCGAUGCAUGAGACCGCGAUAGAGGGUACUUUCCUGUGAUAUUCGAGUCACGAAAGGGACGGGUCUUCUUCACUCUAUGAUAGGAAUGGGAUUCUUAUCAAGUGGUAAUCAAUAGCGAGGGUCUUUUGCCCUGAGUCUGUGCUCUCACCCUCACUAGGCUUAUCCGUCACGUAUCAGCCACAGAUGUUGUAUAUAGUAGGGUAGGAACGAAUCCACGGAUGCAACAAUUGUUGUAUGUACAACUUCGUUGUAUACAUGUUAUGCGUUGCUUCCAUAUUGAUAUUGUCAAUAUUUUUCGGUAAUGCAUCUGUACAUACCCCACUCAUAUAUCAUGUAAUGUACCAUGGCAGUCCG